GUGUUCCGAUGGGCGGACCAGGCUGCGGAGGUGCUGCGAGGCCUUGACGAGCAGCGGCAGCACAGUCGCUUCUGUGACGUGGUGCUGGUGGCCGGUGACCUGCGGGUCCCGGCUCACCGCGCCCUGCUCGCCAUCUCCAGCCCGUACUUCCACGCCAUGUUCACCUUGGGCAUGAGGGAGGAGCAUCAGGAGGAGGUGGAGCUGGUUGGGUUGUCCUGCAUCGGCCUGAAGGCAGUGGUCGACUUCCUGUACACUGGAGAGCUGCCACUGGACGGAGCGAACAUCGACUCGGUGCUGGAAGCUGCUCACCUGCUACAGGUGUGGCGAGCCGUGGAUUUCUGCUGUCAGUACCUGGAGGGGGAGGUGAGCGAGGACAACUACCUGUACCUGCAGGAACUGGCUCUGUUCUACAGCCUCGAGCGACUGGACACCUUCAUCGACCGCUUCAUUCUCGCACGUUUUGCCACGCUCUCUUUCACCCGGGACUUUCUGCACAACAUUCCUUUAAACAAACUCUGCUCCUACCUCGCCAGUGGCCAGGUUCAGCACGACAGCGAGCAGGCGCUGCUCCAGGCCGCCAUGCAGUGGCUCAGCCAGACUCCCAAGCGGACGGCCCAUUCCGCACAGCUCCUCUCCCACAUCCGCUUCCCUCUGAUGCCGGCGGCCGACCUCCUCAACCAGGUGCUUUCGUCGGUGAGGUCGCUCCUGCCCGGGGAGGCUGGCUGCGAGGCGCUGGUGGAGGAAGCUCUUGAGUACCACGCAAAUCCCAGCGCUCAGCCGCUCCUGCAGACAGGACGCACCAGGCUGAGGGGAGGAGUGAAGCAGCUGCUGCUGGUUGGAGGAGAGGUUUCGGAGUUCGGAGAGGAGCUGAGCGUCAACGUUUGUCGCCUGGCUGGUGAAACUGAAAACUGGGAGGUGGAAACGAAGCUGCCGGACCAGCGGAGCCACCACUGCCUGGCGGUACUGGGCGGCUUCAUCUUUACUGCAGGCGGCAGCUCAUCCAGGGACGUUGGUGGAGAUGCUGCCUGUAACCUCCUGUACAGAUACGACCCCCGACACAACCAGUGGACGAGGGGGGCGCCAAUGAACCAGCGGCGAGUGGACUUUUACCUGGGGACAGUGGGACAGUGUCUGAUCGCUGUUGGUGGAAGGAACGACACCGGAGCUCUGUCCUCUGUGGAGGUUUAUUGUCCGGCUGAGGACUGCUGGUCCUACGUGGCAGAACUGCCCAGGAUUACCUAUGCCCACGCUGGGACGGUCCACCACGGCAUGGUCUACAUCUCAGGCGGCCAUGACUUUCAGAUCGGCCCGUACCGCAGAGACUUCCUGAGCUAUGAUCCGUCGCGGGACGGUGAGGUUUGGGUGGAACGCCAGGCCAUGUCCGUGGCCCGAGGUUGGCACUGCAUGGCCUCCCUCAACCACCUCAUCUACGCCAUUGGGGGCAUCGACGACAACGAGGACACUGAGCGCUUCGACAUCCUGCAGGUCGAGUCCUACGACUCGCGUAGCGGCCAGUGGACCCGGGUGGCAGCGUUGUUGCUGCCCAACAGCGAGGCGGGGCUUGCUGUGUGGGCAGGGAAGAUCUACGUGCUUGGGGGCUACAGCUGGGAGAGCACGGUGUUCUCCAGAGCCAUGCAGGUGUACGACCCCGACAAAGGUUCGUGGUCCAGAGGGCCCGACUUGCCGAAACGCAUCGCAGGGGCCUCGGCAUGUGUCUGCACCGUGAAGCCCUCGACAUCAUCAUCAUCAUCAUCAUCAUCAUCAUCAUCAUCCUCUCCAGAGAAGACGAAGAUGGGACAAAGAGUGAGAGGAAGAUCAAACCCUGUGUAACAACAGGGAAGACUUUGUUUUUGUCCAGAUAGAAUCAGCUCGUAACGUAACGCAGGAGGAAUCUCUGACCGGGGGAAGUGAAGCCUCGUUCACUGGACGCAGCAACGUUCCAAGAAUCUGGAACUGAACCGAUUCAGGAACCAGAGCUGAUCUGGUGGAAGUUUUAAAUAGAACCCAUCACCUCUGUCCGGGGAAUCGUAGAGACGGAGGGACGGACGUUUCUGGAGACAAACAAUGUGAAGUAUUUAUUCUUCAUGGAGACUGAGCAGACGAGCUGCACAAAUGUUAAAAUGUAAUCCCACGACUUUUACACGACUUCUGAGCUCCACCUUGGUUCCCAUGGUUACUGCGGAAGAGAAACUGUGAACGUUUAAUAAACAUAGUCACUAACUGUCAAA